UCAAGUAUUGUGAUCAACCAUUAAUAAGGCUAAUAUAAUACUUUGCAGUCUUCACUAUCAUCUGGAAAUCAAUCAUCAGAACACAUAUAAACCAUUAUUGUAGCAAUAAACAGUUAAAAAAUUGUAUAAAAAAGAAAUUUUGAAGAUAAAUAUUGAACAAAUAAGCUUGCUAUAUCUGUUAUUUUAAUUUUUAAAAUAAAAAAAACCACCAUAAUAAAUGUAGUUGCUGUGGUGUAGUGGUUAUCACGUCAGUCUUACACACUGAAGGUCCCCAGUUCGAUCCUGGGCAGCAACAACUUUUUUGUGUUUUAUUUCUUUUUCCCUCCUUUCCAUAACACCUGCAGACUGUAGCACAGAGUCCAAAACUUGUGUUUUUAAGAUACUAAUAAUGUAAAAUGGGUUGAACACUUGGUGUUAAACUAAUUUGAGUAUUAUUUUUUAUGUGAUUUAUGUUAGAUAGAAAUUUCAAUCAAAGAGCUAAGACAAAUCUCAAAUCCAGCCCAUUAAAAGAUUAAUACCUACUUACUGUAUUUUUAAUGUCUACUUAUAUUAUCCUUGAUACUAUUUACGUAUUCUUAAUGCCUACUUUAAAUAUCUUAAAUGUCUACUUAUAACAUUCUUAAUCCACACUUACAAUAUUUUUAAAAAUAUAUAAGGGAUUGACCCAAUUAAAAAUAGUCUUUCAAAAAAAUCGUCUCUCACAAGAAUUUGUGUUAAUCAAAUGAUCAGGUUUGUGGGUGGUUUGAGAACUUUUUUUGCACCCUUAUGAUACAAAUUUGAUUUUCAGUUUUUCACUAAAUUGUCCGUAUUUACUUCUAAGAAUUAAAAAAAAAAAGAAAAAAAAUAUUUUGGCCUAAGUUUGUAUUACUUUUUGGGCAAAUUAUAUUAAUAUAAAAGGGACAAGAUAAAAAAGAAAAGUGUGGCAAUCUCCUAGUAGUUAGUAGCUAUGUCUUCUCUUACUUCUUUUAUUAUAAAAGAAACCAGCAAAACAUUCUUUGAAUCACGCCUCAAAAUUAAGAAAAUCUUUCUUUUUUUAGUAAUUUAUCCAUUACAAGAUCUCAAAAUUUAUUAUUCUAAUAAGCCAACCCCCAAAAAAGGAUUAUAAUUCUUAAUCAUCUCUUAAUUAUGUCAAAAGUUAGUUUAGGAGUAAAUUUCUUUUACUAUGAUGCAUUAUCAUCAUUUAUAUUAAUCAUUUUUCUACUUAUAUCCUAUGCUUUUUGCUAUUUCUUUGUGAGCAAAUUGCCAAAGGGUAUUCCAAGGUUAAUAUCUCUUCUUGGUGUGUUCUAUAUUCUUGUUGAUGCACCUUGGUACUUCCCUUCCUCAAUCUUCCUUAGAUGUCUAGCUUUUUUCUUUAUUUCAUGGACGUCUUCUUUCAAACUUGUUCAAUUCUCCUUUGAUAAGGGUGAUCUUAUCCUUUGUAAUUGUUAUGUAGAAUUUGUUGCCAUUGUUUCUUUUCCUUUUAAGAAAAGAAAUAAAUCGGGGCCGUCACAAAUAUGUGACGUACAAGAUAAUACUAAGUCUGAGAAGGAUCAGACGUACACAACCUUAAAUCGGUUGAAUAUGAGUCAUAUUCAGAAGACAGAGUCUGAGAAGGAUUGUCAGACGUACAUGACCUUAAAUGAGUCAAAUAGAAUUCAUGAUCAGAUGAAGUCAAAGAAGGAUCAAACAUACGCAACCUUAAAUCAGAGUGUGAGUCAAGUUCAAAAGAAGUCUAAAGAGGAUUAGACGUACACAACCUUCAAUAAGUCGAAUAUGAAUCAUGUUCAAACAAAAUUUGAGAAGGAUCAGACUUACACAAGCUUAAAUCAAUCCAAUACAAGUCAUGUUCAGACGAAGUCUAAGAAGGAUCAGAUGUACACUAUCUAAUCAAAUAUCGUCCAAUCAUCGUUAGAUAAUGUAGUUUUAGUCUUAGCUUUAUCAAUUUCAAUUUCAACUCUAAAACAUGAAUUGAUGAUAAUUUUCUUAACAAUUUUCACAAUAGUACCCUUGGGUAGAAUAAUAAUGCCACAAUUGGAGCCAAUACGAGCCCUAUAAAGCAACUUCCAUACAAAACUUUUGGGGAAGGAGAUGGAAUCAAUAUUCUUCUAAUAUUCUAAGAAAAACCGUAUAUGAUCCAACGCGAAAAUUAUCCGAGCCUUUGGUUCGGGUUAGUGUAGCAAAGAUUCUUGCAUUGGUUGUAACUUGUAACCUUAGUGAUCUCAGGGUUGAUGCAUGAAAUGAUGUUUUAGCAUAUGACUUGUGGAAUGAAACCUACUUGGAAAGUCGCAAAAUUUUUUGUUUUACAAGGAAUUUGUAUGGCUUUGGAGAUCGGAAUCAAGAGGUUGUGGUUGGAAUCUUAGGCUCGUCAUCGAUUCAUCGAGUUUUUUCAGUGCCUUUGACACUUGGUUUGGUUUUAGCUAUGUCUUAUUGGCUAAUUUUUGUUCCUGUUUGGAGAAUUACAGGGAAGGAAUGUGCUAGAAGAGGCUUGGGAGACUGUUGAAUUGAUUGAGAGACUGUUGCUUAAGUUUUGAAAGUGAGUAUAGGUAGUGUUAGUCAAAAACAUCUACCAAUUGCCAACUAAAAGUAUUGCUUGAAUAUGGAUGUUUUAUAACUUUUUAUGUCAUCUACCCGAAAUCCUGAUUUUAUAAGCGAGAAUUACUGAGUAUGAUGAUAUGAUAUAAUAUUACAUGUGUGUUACGUUUUCUAUUUUAUAUAAUUUUAACAGGUCAAAAAUUAAAUAAAUUUUUAUUAAUUAAUUUCUCUAAUUCACUAACUACCAUAUUUUUGUCAUGCUUUUUAUUUUUGCUACUCUCCAACACAUAUAGCUAGAGACCAAAGUCCCUCCAUGACAAGUUAGAUGUUUUCAUGUUUUUGCGUGUAUACAUAUAUGAUAUCAUAUUUCAACUAUGACUACAUAUUAAU